UCCAACUGAAGCGCAUUGCUGCGCCUUGCUUAUGCAAGUGCGAUGCCGCCGCCUCCUCAUGAAGCUGCGGCGCAUUCCUCCAAGAUGCGGCCGCUGCCCUCGGUGCACGGCGUCCUGUCGCCGGAGGUCUGCGCCAAGGCCUUUUUUUCGACGACCUCGGGGGAUACGAUGAGGAACCACUUUGCUGAGAAUCCCAUCAAUGCCCAGAUGGCCAGGAGUUCGUCCUUUCAGUCCAUUCGAGAACCUCCCAGGAGAUUUCAGCCCUCGGGCGUGGAUAGCGGCAUGAGACGUUCCAUGUGUACCUAUCACUCCACCUUCACGCCCUGCUCUCUGGAUGCCUUCGGUCCGACCAAUGAGCUGCGGGAGCUGUACAAACAGCAGUCCCGCGGGGCAGGUGCCAACACUCCGAAGCCGCCACUCUCAUCCGUAACGACUACAAAGUCCUCGUACCCGGCCUAUGACCCAGCGUCGGCCGCGUCGGCCAGUUCAGUGCUGGGCCAAAACCAAAGGCCUUAUGAGGCAGUCCAUGUGGAUCCAUCGGCCAAAUUCCUGGAGACGAGCUCAGUGCUGCACCGCGACUUUCGCAAAUUCGAUCAGAAACAGAUGCGCCGGGCCCACAUGAAACCAGCCGCCCCACCUCGUGAAGCCAAGUUGGCUCCUCCCUUGUGCCCGGACAAGGACUCGCGCUUUCAAGGCACCACGCAGUACCAGCGCGACUACUCCUACUGGCGAUGAUACGGGCUGGGCUGCGUUCUCCACGGCGAUUUGGUGGCGAUGCCUCGGGCGAUUUGGUGGCGAUGUGCGGAAUUUGUGGGACGCUGGAUGUAUGAUUUAUAUGAUUUAGUCAUUCCU